CACAUGCUUAACCAUGAAACGGGAAUGACAAGAAGGUUCUUGGUUCAUUAUUAGCUGUUAUUUACCUGUUUACCUUAUGAGGAUGUGAUCACAAUGAGUGCCGUGGAAUUAAAAGAUCAAGGCAACAAAUAUUUUGCUUCUCGAAAUUACGACAGUGCCGCAUCAUGUUACACAAAAGCCAUUAUCAAAAGCCCGAACACACCCACAUUUUAUACAAACAGAUCGUUAUGUUAUUUGAAACUCAAAAACUGGGAGGCAGCCAUACAAGAUUGCAAAAAGGCUCUGGAUCACGACAGGGCGUCUGUAAAAGGACAUUUCUUCAUGGGUCAAGCACUGGUGGAGAUCGGUCUCUAUGAUGAAGCAGCAACAAGUCUAAACAGAGCACAUGACCUUGCAAAAGAACAGAAAUUGAACUUUGGAGAUGAAAUCACUGGUGCCUUACGGUUGGCAAAGAGGAAACGAUGGAGUCUGAUAGAAAAUAAACGCAUACAGGAAGAAAUUGAACUUCAGACAUAUCUAAAUCGUUUAGUAAAGGAAGAAAGUGAAAGACAGAGGGAUUCAAUAUUGCAGAGUACAGGGGAUGAAAAUAAGGAUGAGAAUUUGGCCAACAUAGACGAUGAGCAAGAAAAGCGACUGAAAGAUAUUAACGAUUUAUUUGCACAGCUAGAUGUACGUAGAAAGACCAGAGAUGUACCCGAUUACCUCUGUGGAAAAAUAAGUUUUGAGCUGAUGCGCAACCCUGUGAUAACUCCUAGUGGCAUUACCUACGACAAAAAGGACAUUGUGGAACAUUUACAGAGAGUUGGCCAUUUUGACCCGGUCACCCGAGCAGACUUGAAGCAGGAACAACUCAUUCCAAACCUGGCCAUGAAGGAGGUCUUGGACAUCUACCUGGAGGAAAAUCCUUGGGCUGAAGACUUCUAACAAUUACCUUCUCACCUCUGAUAUAUAACGUAAUUAAUCAAAAAUAAUAGGACUAUGACGUCUGUUGAUAUGAGAGUUACUUUUUUUAUUGUAUUAUGUAUCUGACGACAAUUUUCAAACAAGAAAAACAAGGUGUUGUUUUUCUUAAAAAACGAAAAUUUUACGCAUUGGAAUCAUGAUAAUGCAUCCGUCUUCAUCUCCAGCAAAUUUUUUUGGAUUACUGGGAAAUUUAUUUUUAUGUGAAAAGUCCAAUCCAUUAUAUUUGUCCUGUAAGACACUGGUUGGAUAAUGGGACAACCAGAUUAUUGGUGGCUUGUUUAACAAAGCUUGACUGUAAACUGAAAUGUAAGGCUGAUGGAUAAUCUGAAAACAAGAAAAAAACACGUUAUCUAAUAAUGUACAUAAUUAAAAUGUUUAAAUACUGUCACUUUAUGCUGACAGACCUUUGGACCUCUAUAGGGAAGUUUGACAUUUUGUCUCUUGACCUGAUCUAGAAGUCAUUUGUCUAGGAGGGUUUGGCUUUGACAGAAACAUCUGAAAAACAAGAAAAAAUUGUUAAUUAAUAUUUUACAUAAUUGAAAUGAUGAACAAGUGUUGCAUCAUGUUGCAUUGUGCUAACUAACAGACCUGGGAACCUCUGUAGGGAAGCUUGACAUUUUGUAUCCAGAAGACAUUAUUGUCUCGGAGGCUGUGUCUUGGACAGAAUUGCAGGGAUUGAACAUCAAACAAUUUGGUUUCCUAACAUUACAGCUGUUUCAUCUUAUUGAUUUUCAUUUUACUGGACUUUUAAUUGAUUUUUGUGGCAAAUUUUGACUGCAGCCUUAACUCACCGUUAUCAACGUCAUACGAUUAGUCUAUGACAUCUAAAUAAUUAUUUUACUACUGCUUAGGUUUAGAGAUCAAGUGUAAAAUAUUUAUUUAUCACUUACAGAUGGAAAGCAUUUUAUUUAUUUUUGUCCUGAUUUUCUGUCGGGUUAGGUAGCUGAAGGCUAUUCGGAUUUGAAAUUCUCCAUGCUGUAUCUGAUUUAAAUAUACAGCAAAUAUUCUGUGAGAAAGAACUGAGAGGUUUUACUUCUAUUUCUAAGAUAUUUUCGAAAAUCAGUGGUCUGAUAUAAUACAUAGCAAUUAUAAACUGAAAACAUUUGUAUCUUGGCAUUGUGCCAACAUUUUGAUAAACAGGAAUAUGCUUAAAAUACGUUAAUUUUGUGAUUACUUAUUAUAAUAUUAUAUUACUAGCAAUGCAUUUCCUCGAUACUUCUUCAUAUUUUAUAUUGCAAAUUGUUUUUUGCUUUGUAAUUUUAAUUGUUUUAUAAGCUGUCUGCUUGUCAGUAAGAAUGACUUUACGAGUUUGGCUAAUUGUCUAAUGCACUUAGAAGGCCUUUUGUUAGACUAGCAGCAUUUGUAUGAAAGUAAAUGACUGGUCUCGCAUGAAGACCUAGGAUGCUGGAUCUCCCCAAAUUGUGAGGAUGUUUUUAAAACUGGGAUUGAAAGUCCAAGGAAUACGAAGCUUCGCAAUUUAUUUUGGAACAUUUGUACCGUAAUACUGGGAUUCGAAGUUCAAGGAAUUCGGAGCUCUCCAAACUUGAGGAUGUUUUUAAAACCAGGAUCUGUUAAUUGUGAUUGCAAAAGUGUGAAGAAGAGGGUGAUGAGUUGAUGGUUUUUGUUAUAUGGACAAAUUUUUAAAACUGGUUACGAGAUAUGCAGGUGUGAAUUGCCAGUUAGGGGUCGUAUUAUUCACUUAAGGUCAGCCGUUGUGAUCGUACAUAUUGUGUUUUGUCAACUAAUAUCAUGGUGAGGGGUGCAUUUUUAUAUGCCAUAUAAUGUUUACGUUUUUGUUGUUGUACAGCCUCUAAAUAAAUCUGCCUUCAAUUUGUUUGGUGUGAAAGCACGUAACACGGAGAAUUGAUACACGUGAUCGUUUUCUAAUCGGAAACUGUUUGGGUCAUAAUCUGUCGUACUAUAAUAACUAUCAUGGUAAUUGGGAAUCAACAUGUCGUGACAUCAGAUUUAAACUUCAGAUUUAAUUCUUUGUUGUUUUGAAUGUAAAUAUAAAGAAUGAAAUGAAUAUUGUCGAGAAUUGUUUUCAUGGUAUGAACCCCAUUCCAAUUUGCUUAAUUGUAAACUCUCAAAGAUGCACUAUACAUCAUGUUGGAUAUUUUUGUAAGCAAAUUGCUUUGAUAUCCAUUAAAAUGGUGAAGAAUAUAAAUUUCAAAUCUGGAAUGUUUUUAAAUCCAAGGAUUAUUCGUUUUAAAUCUGUUUUAUAAGUCUAGCACUUGAGUUUUGAACGUGAGUUUCUGCUUUUGACAGUGUUAGAGUACACAUUUAGAGAUAUUUUAGAAAUCAAUAAGGGGUUUAAAACUUAAGUAGUGAAAUGGAAAACAAAUUGAAAUUAUUAUAAUUUUUUCUUUGGUCUGACAAAUGUAAGAUCCGACUUUUACAGCUCCAUGGCUGGCUACCAUUGUCAAUAGUUUUAACAGUGGAUAGAGAAAAGGGGAAUUUUAUGUAUCACUAUUUUAAUUAAAACUUCAAUAAAAUGCCCCUUGUAUAUGAUUAAUUUGCCACCUUGCUUAUGGCAAACAGAUUUCUCCUUUUUUUUUAACAAGUUGCGUAAGUUUAUACUUCUCCCUUUAUAAUGCCAAAAUUUCUUUUGGAUAAAUGGUGGCAUUAUAACAAAUUGUUACUGUAAUGUCGGGUGGGUGCUAUUAAAUAUGGUUCACCUGUUGUCAGUAUAAUAUGACCGGGUGGAAUGCUGUGCUGGGUGCCUUCGGCACAGGAUUCCAGUGAGAUAGCACUAUAAAGUCGGCAUCAGAUCCGCGCUAUCACAAGGAAGCAACCACACCUACAUACCUCGUCUCCUGCAAACACACAUGAAAGCACGCAUGCACUUCACAGAUGGAGGCACGUCCCUAAAUGACCUUAGCUGUUAAUAGGACGUUAAACAAAAUUAAACAAAACCAAUCAGUUAAAAAAUUAAUAAGGGAGACAACUCUCAACUCAAAAUCAAAUACAAUACGUUUUUCUGUAAAUAUGUAGAAAAGAUCUUAUUCAUCAACUCACAGAAUGUCCUGUCCAUUUGUGCUUCAAAUAACUCUUGUCAAGAACAAUAUAUUGAUUGUAUUUAAGAGACCACCAAUAGCUGUUCACAGAUAUGACAUCACAAAAAUGUGUUAAAAAAUACCAAAUGUCCCACAAUAUGUUGUGGUAUUACUGUUCAAUUGUUGCAGGUUUCGUUUUAGUAUGCAGAAAUGUGGUGUAUAGGUUUUUGUCAUUAAUUUUCACCCAGAUGCUAAUGUCGCUUAACUCCUAAUGCAUAUGACUGGGACAGACCUACAGUUGCAUCAUUCUUUCUUCCUGAUGCAACAGCAUAAACAAAAUUUGUGUCUGAUUAUAGAGGGCGAUUUCAAUGAAAUUUGCUGUGAUUGUUUAUAAGGUAACAAACUUAUUUGUAGCGAAAGUAUAAAGAGAAACAAUGCAUUCUUUAUCUCUCCUUUUUUGUCUUGGGUGGUCCCGUUCGUUUGAGAGUUUUUUAUCUGUUGUAUGAAAGUUGUGUGUAACAAUUUUUGUAAUAUUAAAUAUUGACUGGUAAAAUAAAAUGCUAAAUUAACUAAAUU